AUGUCAUAUACACCGAUUCGACGUGUUGUCACGGGCCACAGUCCAUCCGGUAAAGCCAUGAUCGAUUCAGACACCCAGCUGACACCGUAUGACCCCUUAUCUGCCGACUGCUCUCGCGCCACAUCAGACAAGCUCGCAUUCACCACAAUAUGGCGCACCGAGUCCUUCCCUGCCAAAGUAGAUGGGCCCUGGACGGACUUCAACUGCUCCCAAAUCCCUCUCGCUGACUCCGUCGGCACUAUUAUCCGCGUUGUGGAUUUCCCACCCGGACCAGGAUUCAUGCACCGAACUGUCAGCAUAGAUUUCGGCAUCGUGCUCGCGGGCGAGAUAGUGCUGGAGCUGGACAACGGAAUCAAGACGACCUUGGAGAAGGGUGAUGUCGUAGUCCAACGCAGUACGGUUCACGCAUGGUCCAACUUGACAUCUGAGCCCGCGCGUAUGCUCUUCGCCAUGUUACCGGCCAAACCGAUCAAAGUUGGCAGCCAGACUCUCGAGGCCACCGCGAUUCCGCCGCCCUCGGGGCCAUCGUCUCCUGCCCGUGGCGGAUCUGCUUCCCGUAACGUGUCUUCUUGA